AAGGACACAUUCGCUCGAAAGAUGAAGGCUCUGGUGAUUCUGGUCGCUGUAUCAUGUUGCUCAGCACAGCUGGUGCUGCCGUACGCGGCGCCCUGGGUGCUGCCUCAAGCGAAGCUGAUCACUACCCCUGAGAUCAAGACCGACCUCAAGACCGUUCCUUUGGUCUCCCCUUACGCCCACCCCUUCGGACAUCCAUUCGUAGCUUCCUCUUAUGCCUUCCCCCACGCUGCUUACCCCUACUCUGCCUACCCCUACAUCCUCAACGCCGAUGAUACUCUCAAGGCCACCGAAUUCCCAUACAUUUACCAAAAGGACGAACAGGAGCCAGCUGUAGAAGAGGCACGUCGUCGUCGUCGCGACGUCAAGAUCCCCCUCCCGUACCUCCACGCCGUGCCCACCGUCACCAAGCACACUGUGGAGACCAAGCAGUUCGAGCCGAUCGACGCCAACACCCCCGCCGACACUACCAAGAUCGAGCUCACCACCAAGGAGCACGAGAUCUCCGUGCCCGCCGUCAAGUACGUGCAGCCCGUGGUCAACGUCAAGCCCGUCACCUACACUGCUCUCUCCCAUGCCGUCCUUCCCUAUGCCCAUGGCCUUCCCUACGCCCACACUCUUCCAUACGCCCACGCUCUUCCAUACGCCCACUACCCUGGCUUCGUCGGCGCCCCCGUCAUCAAGCUUGACGAGGAGUAACUCCAACUUUCCUGUCAUCCUUAAUCUUACUCACAAAAAAAACGACACUUGCUGAUGGAAACUCAUCUGUUGGAUUCGUGUUCGAAUCAAACAUACACGAUGUGUUUACCACUCUCAGUGAAAUGAAAGAAAAUAAAGUUGACAUAACAGUUCCCGAAAAUUAUAAAUAAAAAAAGGAUUGAAAAUUACAAUAGUGAAGAACAAAUCACAAUAUCAUCUAACAAAAAAGGUGUGUAUAUGAUAUGUACAUCCAGCGCUGUCAACCUUUUUCGAAAUAAAAUCAUUAAAAUCA